CUUGUGUGUAAGCGUUUGUGUGUGCGUGUGAAAAAGAGAGAGGGCAUGGUUGUUAUCAUUUCUCUCCUCAGACCUUUGUUGAAAGCCUUGGGAUCGAAGGCAGGAUCGUAAUCAUAACGUAGGGGAAGUAUAAUCAUCUCCCUGUAAUUCAGAGUGCACAAAGAGAGAGAGGGGGAGAGGGAGAUUAAUUAGUCUUAUACUAUAUAUUGAGAAGCUGCAGGGAAAGAAAAGAAAAGGAAUGAAAAAUAAUAAUUAAAGCCAGAGAGAGGUAUGGAGAUGGGUUAUUCGUGCUCUCUUACUUUUCUUUCAAGGCUACUUUAGAUGGAACUUGAAAGAGUAAAGACCAAACUGAGAAAAGUGUCUCUCCAAAAGCAAGAAGGUGUGUGGGUGUCACCUGAACUGUUUCUUCGAAUAGAGUGAGAGAUUCCUGGAGCUAGCGAGCCAUAGAUAGUUAAAUUUUAAUUACUCAUCUUGGGAUUUUCAAGCCUUUUAAAAAAUAAACUGUCAUUAUUAUGGAGUCUGCAAAUCUCCAUCACCAGCAUCAGCUUCAAGACCAGUUUGUUGGGUCUUCUUCUUUAACUACUGCUACCCCAUCUAGCUAUGCAGAAGCUGGAAGCGCCCGUGCUUGGACCCAAACCAUCACUUUGAAUUCUGACAACUCAAAUCCAAGCUAUAAUGGAGUAAUCUUCAACCAAAGACAGAAAAAUGAGAGUCCAAUCUCUUCUCUCAAUAGCACCAUGUUUCAGGACCUAGGCUUUCAUUACUGGAAUAACAAUGCUGGCAACUUCAGUAGCCAUUCAGCUUAUGACCUACAACUUUCAAAAAUCAAAGAAGGGCUCUCAUCAUCAGAUUCAUUUCCCAAAUUUACCGAGAUGUUAAAUAGCCCUUCAAGUACUAUUGAAGAUCCGCAUGUCUCUUCAUCGAGUUACAUUAAAGAUGAGCUAAAGGAUCUGAGUCUUAGUGAGAAGCUCCUUCUCGAGACUAUUUCAUCCGGCUUUCCAAUCAAUGGCCACGAUCAGUUUUCACCCCGGCAGAUUUCCUCUAGUCAUCACAACUGUUCCAGCUUUGGAAGUGCUAUACCCAGCAGACGGAGCUUUAGUCAGAUAUAUCCUAGUAUAAAUAUUUCAAACUUGCAUCAGCCAUCUUCACCGCUGAUCUCAGGUUCCUUCGACAUGAACUUACAGGCCUUGGAUCUCUUAACCUCUACUAGAUUUAGUGGAAGUUUUCCCCAACCAGCUUCUCUUGAUCCUCUAGAUAUGUUCAAUGACAGUCUUUCUUUUGGUCUCGAUAGUAUUCAGCAAUCAAAUCAGAGGCCAUCAUGUAGCCCUAGUAAAAUAUCCUCCACCAAUGAAAUAACAGAGGCUAAAAGGCCCAACAACAGCAUGAUGGAGCCGAAGGCAACCCAAGCAGCUGCACCCAAGAAAUCUAGGCUUGAGUCACGCUCUCCCUGCCCUCCUUUUAAGGUUAGAAAGGAGAAAUUAGGAGAUAGAAUUGCAGCUUUGCAGCAGUUAGUUGCACCCUUUGGCAAGACAGACACAGCAUCUGUGCUGAUGGAGGCUAUCGGAUACAUCAAGUUCCUUCAAAACCAGGUCGAGACAUUGAGUGUUCCAUAUAUGAAGUCAUCCCGCAAGAAGACCAGUAGAAGCAUUCAAGCGGCAUCAAAUUCGGGGGGUGAUCAAGAAUCAAAGAGGGACCUGAGAAGCCGAGGACUCUGCCUGGUGCCACUAUCUUGCAUGUCUUACGUAACGACUGAUGGUGGGGGUGGAGGCAUCUGGCCACCACCUAAUUUUGGUGGAGGGACAUAACCAUGUGGAUUUUAAGCAGUUAUGUUUAACAGUACUUUUGAGCAAAGAUUAAUUCUGAUUUAGCACAUCUUUCUCCAGUUUGUUUAGUGGAGCAAAUUUGGUCAUCCUGCCAAAAGUAAGGAUCUGGGGCGGACCAAAUUUGAUCCAUUAACAAUUCAGGUAACAAAUUCAUAUGUAAUGUUUAAGAAACUAUUGCUUUUAUGAAAAAUCCGAGCACCUUGGCCUCGUUUUAUUCAA